AGCAGCAUGGACAUUACCAUUCAGCACCCCUGGUUCAAGCGUGCUCUGGGACCCCUCAUUCCAAGCCGUUUGUUUGACCAGUUUUUUGGAGAGGGUCUCCUUGAGUAUGACCUCCUGCCUUUGUUCUCGUCCACUAUCAGCCCCUACUACAGGCAGUCCCUCUUCCGCAGCGUGCUGGAGUCGGGAAUUUCAGAGGUGAGGUCUGAUCGGGACAAGUUCACAAUCAUGCUGGAUGUAAAACACUUCUCUCCUGAAGACUUGAGUGUGAAGAUUAUUGAUGACUUUGUGGAAAUCCAUGGCAAGCACAGUGAAAGGCAGGACGACCACGGCUACAUCUCCCGGGAAUUCCACCGCCGCUACCGCCUGCCCGCCAACGUGGACCAGGCUGCCAUCACCUGCUCCCUGUCCAACGAUGGCAUGCUGACCUUCUCGGGCCCCAAGGUCCCCUCCAACAUGGACGCCAGCCACAGCGAGAGACCCAUCCCCGUGUCCCGGGAGGAGAAGCCCACGUCCGCGCCCUCCUCCUAAGCCCGCCGGCCACCGCGCUGCGCAGGCUGCCACCACCUGCAGGUCUCACUCCCAGAGCCUUUGCGUAGAUAUCAGUGAAUAUCUAGAGGGGUUUCUUCUGUUGGUUCCUCCCCCACUUUGUUUCCUCUUUUUUUUUUUUUUUUUUUUGUUUUUUUUUUUUUUUUUUUUUGUUUUCCCCCUUUUCCCUUGGGUGGAACGAGGGGCUGGGUGAGCGGCUGGUGGACUUGGAAGCUUAAACCUUGUGGGGAUGGCAUGGAUGGAAAUGCUGCCAUGCUGCUGUACUUGCUGAAAGGGUUUUUGUCUGGUGCUGCAGCCCAUAUCCACCAUCAGGCAGGAAGGAGUGCACGAGUAACGCUGGCUCCUGCUGCACCAAGCCUUGAGGCAAGGCUUGGAACAGGGGAA